AACCUCCAACCUUGAAAAACGAAAGGAACUCAACAUUGAAUUUAGAUCAAUCUUUCGACUUGCGGUAAGACCGUGGUUGUGAAACGUUUUAUCAUUGAAAGUGCGCCUGAAUUCUCUCAAAUUUAAACAAAACCAACUCGAGACAAUCACAACAGUCCCAAAAAUGUCCCAAGCCGGCCGUGUUGUCGUCUACGGAGGCCGUGGAGCCCUCGGUUCGAAAUGUAUUUCGGCCCUCAAAGCCAAGAACUUUUGGGUCGGCUCCAUUGACCUCAACGAGAACUCCGAGGCUGAUUUAAACAUUGUUUUGGAAAAGGACUCCGAUCUUAUGCAACAGGAAACUACAGUCCUCGAAUCGAUCAAGACCGCCCUAAGUGGGGCCAAACUAGACGCCGUGAUCUGCGUCGCGGGGGGCUGGGCAGGGGGCAACGCCGCCAAAGAUUUGAUCAAAAACUCCGACCUGAUGUGGCGCCAAAGUGUGUGGAGCUCCCUGAUUUCGGCCUCCAUCGCGGCCCAGCAUCUCAAGGAAGGGGGCGUCGUGACCCUCACGGGGGCCAAAGCGGCCCUCGAGGGCACCCCCGGGAUGAUCGGCUACGGAAUGGCCAAAAGUGCCGUCCAUCACUUGACCAAAUCGCUGGCGGGGCCCAAGAGUGGCCUCCCGGAGAAUUCGCUAGUUGUGGCCAUUCUGCCCAUCACGCUGGACACCCCCAUGAACAGGAAGUGGAUGCCCAAGGCCGACUUCACCACUUGGACCCCCUUGGAGUUCAUCGCAGAGCUUUUCCUUGAAUGGAUUACGGGGAAAAACCGGCCGGAGAAUGGAAGUUUGUUGCAACUGGUGACGAAAAAUUCCACUACUGACGUCAUUCCACACAAGUAUUGAACACUCCGAGCGGAAAAUUGGACCAAAGCUAUUGUAUUUUUGUUGUUUUUGUGAAUAUAGUUUAUUGUUCUGAAUAAAGCAAUCAACUCAG